GAGGCGGGCGUGGUUAUUGAUCUGGUGAUUGAUGACAUAUAGCAAUCAGGAUCAGUCACAAACAGUUCAGUUAUAUAUUGUGUACAUGUGCACCUAUUUCCUACCGAAUCACAAAGAAAUUAAACACCAUCUUUCAAACUUUCUCAGAAGAGUUUUCCGAUGCUAGCGUGAAGCAGAGGAACAAAAAUCAGACAUGAAACUAUUAUUUUGGAAGAAUUCGGAAAAGCAUCUUUGCUGCAUCUUUGCAACAUUGAUGUAUCUUCUCCUAACAGAUAACACCGCAGUCACAUCAUAUUCAUAUAGCGAUUGCUUAACAGACAGUAUUAUUUUGGAAGAAUUUGAAUUUCAUCCCACCAAAGUUGAAACAACUGCUGACGAAGGAUGCUGUAAGAACAAGUGUCUAUUUGUUCCUGAAUGCCGGGGCAUCUCCUGGCAUUCUGCAGACACAUGUAAUCUGUACUUAAAUCUUUCAGCUGUUCAUCAUUCACCGUUCAACACACAUAUUUUGUGUCCAGAGUGUCCAGCAGGAUGGCAGAUGUUAAAUGGAACAUGCUUCAAAGUUGGUACGGAUUGUGCAGCUCUGUCUUCUUUUCCUGCCACAUUCUUCUCGGAAAGAGACAUUUUAUUGAAUGUCGUUAACAAUGUAGCUGGAUCUUAUCUUUUAAGUGCUAUCACAAAGACAAACGGCACAUGGAAUAUUUCAGGCAUAGACAUUUUUGUCACAGGGAAUGGAAGCCAGCUUGUGUAUGAUGGAACGAAUUUGAAAGCUCAAGACUCUCCAACAAUUCCAGAUGUACUGUGUCAGAUGAAUGAUUUGUAUAACUGUUCAACGACACAGAUGUACAGUACACUCAAUUAUACCAAUGCACCAACGACAUUAAGUGAGCCCUCCACAAAUACAACAUAUCAAGAGUUAUCAGAGACUUUUAGGAAUGUGGCAGAUAAGCUGUUAGAAAGGAAUCACACGGAAGACGAAUACAUUGAAAUCCUCAAAGCUCUAUCAAAUUUCAACGAAGCAGUCGAGAAUAAGACAUCAAAUGUUAAUCUUGUGCCAUCAAUGUUGAAGACAAGCACUAAAAUAAUGGAAUCAAAGGAACCUGGUAGCGAAUUCAAUAUCACAUUAGGCGGUAUGGAAAUCGUGAGUAAAAAGACAAAAGAAAAUGAUUUUGAUGCCUUCAAUCUGAAGACGGAAUCAGGGAGUCUGAAUAUAAUGAAAGAAAUACGUGAAACACAUCCAGAAUCGAUUGUAACGUUUGUCGGCUACAAAGAUGACGUCAAGUUUCAUGGUAUGAAGAAAGACACUCUCCUUUCUUCAAGUGUUUUUAUAAGUAUGCAAACCAAUGAUGGCGAGGCACUCAAGAUUGAUGAUGACGAUGUGAAGUACAAACUCACCUUGAAUUGCAAACAGGUGGAAUCGCAAAAACAAAUCUCGCUUAAACCAGAUGAAGCAAGUGGAAAAUAUCUUUUAAAAGUGAAGCUAAAUAGAAUUGGUUUGACGUUUGUGGAAAUAUCGGAAGUGAAUUCAGUUGAAAUAUGGGGCAAGAUUAAUGAGAUACCAACAAAGAAUAACUACCAUUUCUAUUACUCUUCUCUUAAUGGACAACAGGAACCAAUAAAGGUGAUCGACCUAGAAGGAAUCGAUGUGAAGCAGAAUGAAGAAAAGCUGCAUAUUACAGUGACAGAUCAGGCAGAAGGUUCAGAAUUAUGUCUUGUUAUGAGCACCAGACAGACAACAGAUGGAAAUAUCCAAAAGAGAAGCACACCAAGUAAUUUGCAGCUGAAAAUUUUAGACUUCACCCCACAGAUUUAUGAUGAAUCAAGGAAGAAUAAGAAACCAAACGAUGAUAUAAAGAUUAGAUCCAUGGAGGACAAUUAUAAUUUGGUGUUAGAAAGCAACCUUUUUGGCACUUUUACUUCAGUUAUUGGUAUCAUUACACCCGGCACACUUAACUUUGAUGAAAUAUUCUUCAACUUGGAUGAAAAAGUCUCGGAAAAUCCAUUCGUCCUGGUUGUACUUUUGGUCAUAUUUAUUAUAUACUGCGUGUUGGCUAUUUUUAUUCGCCAUUUAGACAAGCACGACAGAAGGCAUUGGGAAUACGUUCCUUUGGUAGACAACGCAGCCAAAGAUGAGUAUUUGUAUCUACUGAGAGUAUACACUGGAAUACAAUCACCACGCUUCUUUACGGCCACUCCAUAUUUUUUACUGAAAGGUAAAACAGGGAAGACCGAUAUACGAAUUCUCAAAGAUGGCGUCAGAAAAAAUUUCAGAAGCGGAACAAUGUCAAAUUUUAUUCUGCAAACCAAUGUCCAUCUUGGGCCACUGCAGUCGCUAAAAAUUUGGCAUGACAGUGAAGGCAAAAGUCCAAAUUGGUUCUUGACCAAUAUUGAAAUCAAAGAUGUGACUACAAAUAAUUGGUAUUAUUUUGAAUGCAACAACUGGUUAGCCUUUGACAAAGGCGAUGGCUUGAUUAUCCGAAAAUUAAAACCAACAACUGGACAGCUGUUUGAUCUCUUUGAGGCGACCAAAACCAGGAUCUACAGAUCCUUAUUUGAUGACCAUCUCUAUUUCUCGAUAGUUAAACGACCUCGUGCCAGUAAAUUCACACGUGUACAGAGACUGUCGUCUGUAACAGCAAUACUUUAUCUGUCUCUCGUCAGUAGCGCCAUGUUUUUUAAACCAGACGAGAAACCUUCUGGAAGGGUGAUCCGCAUUGGAAGUUUAGCAAUUUCUUCAAAGGAGAUUUUUGUCGGAAUAAUUGGUUCCAUAAUAAUGAUUGUACCGACGUCUAUGAUCAUCUUUCUUUUCAAAACACGAAAGAGCAGAGGACAACAACCAAGAGGAGAUGAAGAAAAGAAGGCAUCAAUUAAAGAGCGGCUGAAAGGGUUUCAAUUCCCAUGGUGGACAGUAUAUAUUGCGUAUCUGAUUGUGUUUGCAUCGAUAGGUGCUUCGGCAUUUAUUACAUUUACUUACAGUAUGAAAUGGGGAAAAGAACUAUCACUACGCUGGCUGCUCUCUGUGUUCGUCAAUGUGUCUGGUUCUAUAUUAUUUGUGCAACCUUUAAAGGUUGUCUUCACGGCCAUGUUACUCUCCUUUAUCUUUAAGUCACCAUCAACUGAGGAAGACAAGUACGAAACAGACCUCUGCAGCGAUCGGUUUAAUGAUUUGUCACAGUUUCCUGUUGUUCCAAAGGAAUCCUUGAAAAUCUGUCCCAUGCCAAAUUUGGCAUCUGAAGAUUGGCAGAAGAAGAAAGAAAUCCUGCAACUCGAUUAUAAACUCUUCAAUAUGUUCCAGUCCCUUUUCUUCCGUUGUUUAUAUAUUGUACUUUUGCUAAUUCUUAUUGCUAAUGAAUCGGUAAACAAAUGUUUUCAGCAGAAUAAUUCUAUUGAAAAUAUUUUCCACAUCAAAAAAUUCUCACAGAAAGGUGGUAUUGAAUUGAUGUGGGAUUGGAUAGAAAAAUAUGCUGUUCCAGGAAUCUUCCCACUCACAGACAGUAAUGGUAAAGAACUGAAACUGUACGACCAAUAUUUCCUGCCAGACAAAACCAACAGGCGUCUUGGAGGCAUUCGUCUGAGACAGAUAAGAAUGGUAAAAGUUCCAUGUCACAUGUCAAGAAUAAUCAAAAUGUGCAUUCCAAACUAUUCUGCAGAACAUGAAGAUACAAAGGAUUAUCUACCAGGCUGGAAAAUUGGUGCCAAGCAGAAAGAAGAGGAUAAAUAUAUAACUGCUGCAUUCAAAUAUACUUCUGAAGAAAAAGCUGGAUAUAGCUUCAUUCAUUAUGGAAUACAAGGAAGUUAUAAAAGUGCUGGUUAUAUCAUUGAUAUAAACGAGAGACACAAGAAAGCAAAAUCAUUGUUCGAGAAACUUCGUUUGAACACCUGGAUAGACGAGCGUACCCGAGUGGUAACCAUUGACAUUAGCACAUACAAUGCUAAUUCUGGGCUUUUCACAUCAACUAAAAUUGUGAUUGAGAGAUUGUCCUGUGGUAGAAUGGAGCCAUCUAUUCUUUCACUCAGCUUCAAGUUCCAUCCAUUUGUUGAUCCUCUGGAUUACUUGGUGCUGCUGAUAAUUAUCAUCGUUGGAAUUCUGUGUUUGAUAACUUUGGCAGGAGUUGUCAUAGCCAUUAAGAAACGACGCAUGCAAGCCCUGCGUGAAUAUCACACCCUCAUCAAUAUGGCAACUGUAAUCUCCAUCCUAGUCAUCCAGAUUGGCUUCGGUUUGAGAAUUGACGCUCUUCUUCAAAUUCAGGAUAAAUUGGUCAAGAAUCCAGAUGCCUAUGUAUCAGGGAACUUAAUGGCAUCCAGAGUGAUGGUGUAUUUUGCUGGUCUCUGUGCCUGUGUGGUAGUAUUCGCCAUCAAGCUAUUACAACCACUUGCCUUGAAUUACCACCUGUUCUUGAUGAAGGCCAGUAUCAUGCUAUCGCUGCCAUCCAUCGCAUCAUUCAGCGUCGUCCUUUUCUUCCUUAUGACAGCUUUUGCAAUCGGCAUUCAUAUAACUUUCAAUAACGUAUCGAUAUAUUUCAUCGAUUUGAAAUCCACCUACCUGGCUCUCUUCCGCAUUUUCCUUGCCAUGGGCAAAUUCAAAGAGACUUUCGGUUUAGAUAACAUCAUGUCGAACAUGGUUUUCUUCAUCUACACCUUGCUCGUGUCUAUCAUUCUGUUAAAUGUAUGCAUUAGUAUUAUCAACGAUACGUUUAGCUUUGUCAAAAGCAGGAUUAAUUCUCUUGGAUUUGAAUACUGUUUUGAUUUCAAACUCAACGAACAUUUCUGGUAUAGAAUGACCACUCUCUUUUACAAGAAGAAAAUAUCCAGUGAAGAGAAAUAUUUACCAGUGAGAAUGAAUUCUCAGAUAACAAAGAAAGUAUUUCAAAAAUUCGAUCUUCUCGUUUGUGAGUCCAUCAGUGACUUUGAAGAAAUAAGUUGGAUGCUGCUGAAGAAAUACAUAAAUUGUUAUCUGGAUAUGCAUCUCAGGAAACCUGACUUUGAAAGCGUCCAGACCAAAUUACACGGUGCCAGUGAUGCUAUGAAGCUUUUCCAGCCAGUUUUCACAGACCUGUGCCAGAUAGGAAACCAAUUGGAAGUUAAAAAGAUCUGCAAUGGAGGAACAUCAUGGACACUUUGGUAUUAUUGGAAAUAUAAGGACCCAGUUCUGAAAGUAUGCUGUAAAUGCCACAAUGAAGUUCCUGAAAUAUUAUGUUAUGAUGUGACUGAUAAAAAAUAUCAGAUGUUACCACAAAUGCAACAAUCCCAGUUUGUGGGUCCUGUCGUCUGGAUUUGUCAACCAACAACCUGUAAUGUAGACCAGUCAACCUUAGAGAUUACAUCAUUCUGUCAUGAAACCCUUCACCAAUAUCACUGCUGUGAACUCAUUGAAAGCAGUGAUGGAAUUAAUUGGUCAAAUUAUGAUGAUGAUGAUGAUAUGAUUGACUGCAAUGAAGUGAUGUCUCCUCAUUUAGAAGAGCAUAGUUACGAAGAUGAGAAGUUGAUAAGACAGCUACCCUGUUAUAUUGCUCUCACCAAGCGGAUGAGAGCAGAAACCUGGCUGUUUCAUGGCACAAAGCUGGUCUCGUCUUUGGAACCAAACCUCUCCAUUAUGAUCCCACUAGAAGCAAGUCUCUCUCAGAAGAUCGUCCUAAGACUUAAAUUAAACCCUUACCAACCGAUACCUCAGUUGUUCCUCACCUUCAACAUAGAUUUACAGCAACCAAUCACCGUCCAUUUUUCCACUACAAGCAAUACUACAUUUCCAGAUUUGCAGCUGUAUUCCAAGAACCGUUCCUCACAAUGGACUGAGGAAGCCAUUCAGAUAUCCCAAAACCAAGGAAUUAGCUUUAAGAUAAAGCCACCCUCAAAAUGUGAAACUGUAUAUAUGUUGAAGCCAUCACACAUACUGUGGGACUGGCAGAAACAGCUGCAAUGUAUCAAAGAUCCUGUUAACAAAGAUUUCCUUCUGCAAGUAUCAACUGCCAUUGGAAACAAAUGGCAACUUCUGGCACAAGAACUGAACGUCUCUGGGCUGGUUAUGAAACGGAUAAAGACAACUGCCAGUGAUAAAGCUCCUCAUGUGGCCUGUUUCAACAUGUUAAUUGCAUGGCAUAACUCUCUACCUGUUACAAGCGAUAAGGUAAAACCCCUCACUUCAGCUCUCUCAGUCCUUGGCUACAAACAACUUGCUGAACAAUUAAACACAACAGCAGAAGAGUACAGUCACAAGUGUCAAACAGCUCUUUCUGAUUGUGAGAAAAAGAAAUUCUUUGAUUUCCUUUGCCGUUCUAAAGCUCUGGCAAUCAGAUGGCAGGAACUGGCCACAUAUCUGGGUAUUUCAGAAGAAACACAGGAAAACAUUGACAAACGGGUUGAUCUAUCUCUUCGAGAAAAGUGCUUUUCUGUCUUGGAAUGUUGGCAAAAAUAUGAUCAAGAACUACUCCAGAAAUCUCUCACAAAACUCAGUCACCAGUUCCUUGCUUGUAGAGUUCCUGCUUUCAAACAGAAAACUGAAGCAACACCACGACCACAACCACCACCACGACCAACAAAAGUCACCUUUGAUAUUCCAUAAUAACCAAACUCCUCAAUUUGGCACCAAAGGAUUAUUUUUCUGUUUUGCUUGUUUGUUUGUUUCUUUGGAUUUUUGUGGAUUUCGUCACUGUUUACAAUUUUGUUCCAAUUGUUUCCAAAUUUGGAAUAUGGAUUAAAUGUUGUAUACUAAUUAUGAAAAUGAAGUUCGUUUUUUUUCUAUAAAUCCAUAAUUAAAAAGUUAUUAGCCUUUAAAAUUAGCAAAAAUUUGGGUAUUUUAACCAAUCAGAAGUGAGUAUUUUACACAUCACCGUGGUGAUAAACUCUGUUUCCAUAGUAACCAAAGAUGCUGCGCAUGCGCACAGGGAGGAGAAGGAAAUACGACAAAGAUAAUCUUCUAGAAAAAUACUCUUUAUGUUUUUCUCCAUCACAAAAUAUGAAUAAGGAAGGAAGGGGUGAUGACAAACUGGUAGUGGGAGAGUUUCAACUCUGUGAGUAUGUGUGUGUGUGUGCAAUGGAAGUGGGAUGGUGAAUAUUCAACGCUGAAAAUAAAAAUAAAAACAGCGUUUCAACUUUGUGCGAGUAGUAUGUGUGAGUAACAAUGUCUUGAUAUGCCGAUGCCUCCCCUCCCAAUGAUGGAAGAGGCAGUGAAUGCGCUGUUUUCUGAUUGGCUGAAAAUUCUGAAAAUUAUCGAACUUUGAACACGUGUAACAUUUUUGCAAAAUUUUUCUGGAAUAAAUGAACAAAUUUAGAUUCAGUGUCAAACAUGACAUCUAUAUGAUACAUUAAAAAAAAACCUUUUAACGAUAAUUGUAAACAAUGACGCAAAGCACAAAGAUCUGUUUCUUUGUUUGCAAAAUACUUCUUGCUCCAUUCAGUUAUUGAAGAAGAAAAAUAAAAUAUUUAAAAACAAAUAUGGUGAUUAUUCUAUUUGUCAGAUAUUGAU